AUGAUGGCGCCUAUAUCGCAGCUUUUACCCACCGUCACCAGCCUGUCGGGCAUCGGCUUGGUCGUGCUCGGCUCUGUGGCUCUUUUGUACAUCAUCAGCCGAGCACUUAUCAGCAUCCCGUAUCCCAAGGGCAUCCCGCUGAUCGGCGAGCCUGAUGGUGCUACACGAUUCAGCGUCCGCACGUACAUGCGGUUCUACACGGAUUGUCAAGGCUUGUUCCGUGAGGCUUAUGAUAAUGGAAAGCCAGUCAUCAUCCUAGGCAUCGGUUUCCGCCAUGAGGUAAUCAUGCCCACGAACGCAAUGCGAUGGGUCCAGACGCAGCCGGAAAGCCAACUCAAUCCGAGCACCGCUUUUGCAGAAGUCGAUCAGGUUUACUGGGCCCUUGGCCACGAUCGAUAUGUGGCGGAUGCGUGGCAAGGAAUCCUUGUCAAGACCGAACUGAACGCCGUGCUGGAGAAUAUCUGCGCCGCCAUGAAUGAAGAGCUUGGCGUCGCCUUUGACAAGUGGUUCGGAACAGAUCCGGAAUGGAAAGAAAUCGACCUCCUCGAGUCUUUGAAAAUGGUUGUCGCUCAGGCAGCCAGCCGCUUCACCAUCGGCCCCGGAAUUUGCCGAGACGAAGACUACCUCAACCUCAAUUUCGACAUCAUUAACCAGCUCAUUACGAACGCUGGCGCCUCCGGAGCCAGCCCUCGUGUUCUUCGACCUGUCGUCGGCAGGGUUGUCAAUCUGACAAUACAUGGAAAGAUCAACAGACUAAAGAAGAUGUUUGAGCCAGUCUGGAAAGAACGUCUUGAAACCCUACAGUACGAACGCGACGACCCGAACCACAUUGAGCCUCAAGACCAUUUGCAGAUGAUGGCCCGUUUCGCAAAGGAGCAUCGAUCCGAGGAGUUCAACGACAUCGACAUGAUGACUCGUCGCUUGAUCGCAGCUAACUUUGGCUCCAUGCACCAGACAAGCAUCCAGGCCACCAACAUGCUGCUCAACAUCUUGGGGUCAGAUACGGAAUUCAACACGAUUACUACUCUCAGGGACGAGGUCAAUCGCGUGCUGUACGCCGACGGAGACAAAAACUGGACAAAAGCAAAAGUUAGCAAGAUGGUCAAAGCCGACAGCGUCGCCCGAGAGACCCUACGCCUCAACUCCUUUGGCGGACGUGCCCUUUUCCGGAAAGUCUCGGUCGACGGCUUCAAGACCCCCGAUGGCUACCACCUCCCAAAAGGGACCAUUAUCUCUUUCCUCGGACAACCCGCCCAGACGGACGGCGAGUUCCUGGAAGACCCGCUGAAAUACGACCCCUUCCGCUUCUCUCGGAUGCGCGAGGAUGCAGCAGCAAAGGACGAGAAGGCGCCCCCAGUCACUUUUGUCACCACGAGCCCCGAACAUCUGCCUUUUGGGCAUGGGAAGCACGCGUGCCCUGGUCGUUUCUUGAUUGACUUUGAGUUGAAGAUGAUUAUUGCCUACGUGUUGGGUCAUUAUGACAUUGAGUUCCCUCCUGAAUACAAUGGCAAGCGCCCAGAGAACUAUUGGCUUACAGAGGCUUUGUUCCCACCAGAUGGGGUAAAAAUUCGGAUCAGACGGAAGACCAAGACCAAAGCAUAA